AUGGCCGGAGCGCCUCCAAGCACCAGUCCCCUCUCCACCUUCCAAUUCACCGCCAUAGGAAAGCCCCCUACUCUACUCAACCGACUUUCGGCUCCGGACUCCGUUGCACAAGACGCGGUGCACUCCCCGUCGCCGUCCCCCGUGGCCUCUCCGAAAGCGCCCGCCUCAAACAUUGUCCGGCCCACAUCGCGCAAAUCGCUUCUGGAGACCCUCGGAGGAAUUGAACCGCGUGACAUUGAGAUUAUGCGCGCAGACCAGGGCCUACCGAGGAUAGAACCCGAGACGUCGCGUCCAUCUCGUUCGUCUUCCAGUGGCACGUCGUCUCAUCAAGCUCAAGCGCCCAACGGCAAAGUCUCUCCCGCUUCAAACGGACACGCGCGCCCGUCACCCAAGAUGAAUGGAACCCACUCCCCCUCCCCACAACUUUCGGCAGGAGAAGCCUCGCACGCGUCUCAAGCUCACACCGGGCCCGUGAAUUCGAGUCGACCGGCUUUGAGUAGCCUACUCCCCGUCCCGAGCAUCAGCUUCCCCGCCCUGAGUGCUAUGUCCCCGAGGCUAGAUCAGCCUUCGCUACAACAAGACGACGCGCUCGACGGCUUCCGGCACGCGCUUGAACGGCUGGGUGCCGAGAGUGCCGACUACAAGCUUAGGGCCGAAGAAACGCGUCUCGCUAUGUCGCGGCAACAGGAACAGGCGGCCCGUUGGCACGCGCGGGCGGAUGCGCUCAUCGAGCCGCUCUCCGCGCUCUUGGCCCAAUGUGAACGUAGACUCGCGAGCGCGAACAAUGUCGUUGCCGAAGUCGGACGCUUGCGGGAGGUCGUACGACACCAUGAGGAAGACAUGGCUGAAAAAGCACGUGCGAUCGCAAAUCUCGAGGCCCGCAAUACCGAGCUCGCUCGAGCCCUGGAGGAGCAGAAAUCACGCGCAGUGGACAGACAACGCGUUACGGACGCAUGCGCGGCGGAACUCCGUCAAACUGCCGAGAGGGCUGUUGCGGAGAAGACGGACCUGGAGGUCAAGCUCCGGGAGGCGAUCGCUCGUGUGGACGCCGCGGAGCGACAAGAGCUCAGCUCGUCUGCAGAGCGUGAACGUAGGCUUGUGGCGCAGCUUGCGGAACAAACGCGGGUCGCCGCACAGGAAAAACGAGUGCUCCUUCAGCAGCUUGAGGAACAGACACGCCUUGUGGAGCUGGAAAAGCAGAAGCGCGUGGAUGGUCUGGAGGCAGAGAAGCGUAGACUGGACAGCCAGCUCCAAGCUGAGCGGGAAGAACAGAGCCGUGUUCAGCAGCGCAUGCAGGGGCAACAGACGCAGAGCAACCAUGGGGGCUCGUCGCUAGACGAGUCCCGAGCCUUGGCUACGUCCCAAACCCCUGGUCAGGCCCCACCUUCUGAACCAACUGUCGCGCCCGCUGUCAUCCAGAAGUCCAUCGCGCAGGCCAAUAUGACCGCACCGCCGAUGACUCCAUUGCCAUUGUCUAGGAACGAUCCUAUCGUCCCCUCCCAGCCGCCGACCGCUACUCCUGCCACGCGGAAACGUAAACCACCAUCACCCUUGCAGAAAAUCGAGCCUGUCACGAGUCCCCACGCUGACCGGCAUAUCCCGCCCCACAUAUUUCCGACCAUUAAACCGGAGCUCGCGACUCCUAGCUUGAAGACGAACCAGUCACAGCCUGCCCAUGCUUCCCCGCAAACACCAGCCCCCGCGCAGACUCCGACCGCUAAGAAGGUCAAGCCCGAGCCAACCACGAUAGGGCGUAAGCCUGCCUCUCAAUUCUCUUCCAAUUCACCGCCUGGUGGCUCAAGUGUCAAGCCAGAAGCAUCCACGCCCUUCAUCGAUCGAUUGACCCAGGCGUUCAGACCGGAUGACUCGAGCAACGGCCGUUCUUUGCGGAGGGAACAGUCGCUGGAUUACGUAGCUCGACCAUCUAGCUCGAACAACGCGGUACCUGGUGCUCAAUUGGCGAACGGAGCCCCGUCUUCCAUCGGACAUCCCACGACUCUGUCAAACUCUGUACCGCUGCAGCAACCCCUUCCACCUCGUCCCCCCACAGCUGCCCAACUUACUGCGAAGUUGAAUGCCGUCAACAACCCUCCCCCCGUGGUGCCCGCUGUGCUGGCGUCGGCGCAAUCGUCGUCGUCACAGCCAGACCUCCCCGACUUGGCGUAUCCGUCGCGUGACCAGACUCCCGCCUUGAUGAUCUCCUCGCUGCCGUCCGACGACACCGCAAUGGGCGUAGGUAUCGUCCACCCGGAUGACAGAGGCGUUGGCCCGUCGGCGGGGCAGCGGUCACGAGGGACCACUCCCCCGCGGACUCAGGGCGCUCCUGCUCGAGGGCGGGGGCGCGGACGGGGACGGGGUAUGAAUGCACCCGCCCACCAGGUUGUGCAGACACCGGCGCAAUCGGGGCGGCCAGGAGACCACUGGUCUCCUACACCCGAUCGCCCCCCUUUGAACCGUAACAGGUACUCUCCUCCCAUGAGGAACAAGCGGGGACGUGAGGACGAUGAGUCGCCAGAGAGAUCACGCCGCCCGCGACUUUCUGGCUCGCCACCCCGCAAUGUCUACCCUCCUCGUCGGCCAUCCGGUCAGUACGAGCGCAGUCGGUCCCCGUAUAGUAGGAGUAAGAGUCGGACACGGAGCCCGAGCUCGAGGCCUUACUCGUCUUCCCCUCCCCUACGCGAUAGGAGCUUGAGUCCUCGCCGCGCUGCCUACUCUCCCCCCUCGCCCCGCCGCUAUCCGCGCAGCCCCUCUCCCCCGCCGCCAUCGACGUACGACCCCACGCGCGGCCGCGCCCCGCCGGCCACCGGGUAUGCGCCUCAGCCUCAGCCUCCCGUUGCACAUCCGGAAUCUGAAGCUCGUCUCCCCCAGAUGGUACCCGCCGCCGCGCUCGCCCCCACGGUCGUGGCGAACGGAGGCGUACCCACAAUACCCACAGUACACGACAUACCGACCGCUGCCCCCCGCGCCAAGCAACGCGUGGCGGCCCCGGCCACCAAUGCCGCCCCUGCGCGUGCCGCUCGAGGAGCGCCUCAGGGACGCGCCGCGCCCGGUCCUGCGCCGGAGAGCUUGGGAAAGAUCUCCCUACUAGAACGCAUGCAGGCGGGGCAGGCCCCGGAGGACGGCGAGCAGGACAAGAGCACCCCGGUGAAAGGCAAGCGUCUUGCGUCAAGGGGUCGUGGGGGUACAACUCCCAGAGGAACGUCUGCUCCCCGAGGAGGGGCUACUCCCAGGGGUAACCCUACUCUCAGAGGGUUGUCCUUGCGCGGUCAACGUGGUGCUCACCCCGUCCGGGGUGCCGGACCUGCGCGAGGCGGGGCAUCUCGUUCACUUGCGGACCGAAUCAGUUCGGCUAACGCGGAUGGGCUCUAACGGUUCUCCUAGUCGAUCUGGGUUUCUCUUUGGUGUGGAUAUCGUAUUACCCGGUCUCUCCUGCAUGUCACAAGCCUUUCCUGUUUCCUUCUCCCAGAUGUUGUAAACAAAAUGUGUCCAGUUCGCCUUCAGCCUCGGUUCCUUUCCAUUCGCGCCCAUUGUCACGCCAUAAUCCAGCAAUUCCAGUAUACAAACCUGUAUAGUGUCGAGUCAUGUCUUUCCACGUUCUAAU